AAAUAUUUCGAUAUUAGGAAGGAGUCAUUCAAGCGUGCUAUCGUCUGCGUUCAAUGUUCCAUGCAGUGAGUCGCGGGGAAUUUUAAACAAGCUAAAAAUAAAACUAGUAUUGCGUUUAGAAGUAUUUAGCAGUCAUUUCAGUCAUUUAAAUCGCCAACUAUGGGGGAGUUUUACCAAAACAACAAGUGCAUGGUCGUUUUGUUCUGCGUGCUAACAGGACUGGUCGCUCUCACUUCCAUCAUAGUGAUGCCAAUGUGCUUUUCCUACGUAGAGUACUGGGAGUACGGGUUUGUACGGCAAAGGAGUACGGGAAAGGUUAAUACCGGCGUGAUUUACUCGGGUGGAAAAUACUUCCUUGGUCCCGAUUAUGAGUUUAAAACGUUCAAGGCGAGCGCCCAUUUCCUUGAUCUUGAAAACAUCGCAAUAUUCACAGCAGACAAGUUAGAAAUCUGGAUAACAGUUCACAUGCAGUACUUCCUCCGAGAGGAUGAGUUGCCCCUUCUCCACGACCGUUACGAUAUACACUACAAGGAAGUAGUCAGCAGUAGCGCCAUUGAUGCCUUGAAGGGUGCGAUCCCGGUGUUUUCCCCGCGGGAAUUGACUGGAAACCGUUCCCAGGUAGAAGAGGCCAUCUUUAAGGCCGUUAGUCAGCGACUGGGCGGAAAAUGCUGUAGGCCGGACUGCGACGAGGAGUACAAAUACGCAUGUUUCGAGGGUUGUAAACAACGUGACGAGUGUUUGGACAGUGACAAGGGUAUGAACGUUAACGUAAAGAGCCUGCAGAUGACGGGCGUCAAGAUUCCGGAGAUCGUGGAAGAUCGAUACAUGGAGGCGCUCACUCUGAAGGAAAAGGCGGCAAGAGAGGAGCUGAUGCAGACCGCCUCUAUCAUCCGCCGGGAAACAACCGCUCUAGUGAAUGCUGUCAAAAACAAUGCGACCGAAAUAAAUCAGGAAGCGAUAGCGACUGCCGACGGUGAACGGAAGAUCGCCAAUGCCGACUACCAGUCCUACAUUGAGGGUGCGCGGGCGAUAGGGCUACGCAAUCUUUAUGAGCGUCUCAACAUCACCGAUCAGGAGCACAAGAACAGCUUCGACUACCUCCGGACGCUUGUACGAUUCAAUAAGGCGCGGCUUGCUGUGGACUUUGAUCAGAAAAUUGUUGGAAAUUUGUAAUUAAACAAGAAAACAUCAGCAAUAAAACAAAACACUUAGUGAGUAGCUUAUCAUUUAUUCGUGUGGUUCUCAGGUUAAAAGAUAAAUACAUUGUUCAUGAAUGGGACGCGAUUGAGUUGAUUUACGCACUGGUUUAUGUAUUUAUUGCAUCAAAGAUGACAUGUAUUGCUGAUGUACUUUAUUAAGUCAUAAAAAGAGAUGUUCUUUUAACGGCAAACAAACACUAACAUUUCAUAUGAUUAAUUAAGCGUUAAUGUGUUGACAGGCCUUAUUUGUCCAACUCACGGGUCAGAAUGUCUGACCUGUUCCAAAUGCCGAAUAUGAACAUGUACUAUUUCCCAAAUUAAAGAAGAAAAAUAAUCCAAAAUAAGAUGAAAUCGCUGUGACGAAUAGCCAAGCUUCUUGCUGUCAUGAAUAGUCAAGCUUUUCGCUGUGAUGAAUAGCAAAGCCUCUCGGUGUCAUGAAUAGUCAAGCUUCUCGUUGUUAUGAAUAGCCAAGCUUCUCUCUGUUAUGAAUAGCCAAGCUUCUCGCAGUUAUGAAUAGCCAAGCUUCUCGCUGUUAUGAAUAGCCAAGCUUCUCGCUGUUAUAAAUAGCCAAGUUUCUCGCUGUCAUGAAUAGUCAAGUUUAUAACUGUCAUGAAUAUCCAAUCUUCUCGCUGUUAUGAAUAGCCAAUCUUCUCGCUUUUAUGAAUAGCCAAGCUUCUCGCUGUUAUGAAUAGCCAAGCUUCUAGCUGUCAUAAAUUGUCAAGCUUUCCGCUGUUAUGAAUAGCCAAGCUUCUCGCUGUUUUGAAUAGCCAAGCUUCUCGCCAUUUCUAACCAUUUCCCUGACAGUUAUAAAUAUGUUUAAAAUCACCUGAUGGGUGACAUACAAGGAUUAAAUACUCAAAUUGUACGGAGAAAUGUUGCCCAAAAGAUGAUUCUGUUGAUGAUUUAAAUUCCCAAUAUCGCCUUUUAUUACAUGACACGAAAAUAGGUAUUGUAUAUCAGUAUUGACAAAAAAGGCCCGUAAUUUGGUUAAAUUUACGAUGUUUAUUUUUCCCAAUGCGGAUUUUCCCGAAAAUAGACAGAAAAAGCCCUUGUUGUUAAUUAACUCACUAAAAUUGCAUUCGGCUGGUGUGUACAGCUUAUGGGGUAUAUGGAAACUAUUUAAAUAAAACUUAAAUGUUUUAUUCAAAAGCUAAUAAAAUGAUGUCGAUUCAUUCCUUCAAGAUUCAUAAAUGUUAUAGUUGUGUUCCUUACUUUUAAAUGUACUGUGUGUUUUCUUGUUAAGCAAAACUGUUUCAAUCCCAGUUUUUCUAUAUCUACACACUUUGAUAUAUCUAUCACUUUGUAUUUUAAAGAAAAAAGUUUUAUGCUGUUUUGUAUUAUUUCGUUAAUACACCGUUAAUAAACAACACAUGAACGUU